AUGAUACGUGCCGACGCAAUAGAUGAUACGCAGUGUUCAAAAUCAGAACUGGACCUGUUUUCGGUGCCAGCCGUUGUGACUUCUAUGCGAGAUAGCGGGUGGGUGCGAUAUACUCCUACUACAACCAUUACAGGAGGUGGACCGAUACGUUUUGAUGUUGUUAAUCCUGUAAAUAACUACAUAGAUUUGAGCCAGUGCUAUUUGAGAGUGGUAUUCAAAAUCGUCAAGGGUGAUGGGACUGAUGUAGCCGCUACAGACAAUGUAGGCCCUGUGAACAAUGUGCUACACUCCAUGUUUAGAGAGGUGCGUGUAAUGCUGGGUCAAAAUCAGACCGAGAUAACACCGUCAUUAGGUACCUACCCCUACAGAGCUUACAUAGAAAACUGCCUAACAUACAGUGCAGAUGUGAUGUCAAAUGUGCUUCAGUGCCAAGGCUGGUACAGAGACGAAGGUGGGAAAAUGAAUGACAUAAACAUGCAGGAUGGUGUAUGCAACCUAGGGAUGAAAAGACGUCAUGGGCUAGUGGCUCCUACAAGAGAAGUUGAAGUGACCGGCAGACUGCACUGUGACCUGUUUCUACAGCCCAGAUAUCUUCUAGACGGCGUUCCCUUGAAAAUUGAGUUGGUGAGAAGUGCCGAUUCGUUUUGGCUGAUGCAUGACGAUGCGGAAAGUUACAGGGGUGAAAUAACGAAAAUAGAAUUUCAUACACGCCAGGUUGAAAUAUCUGCAGGGAUUCGUGAGGGUCACAUUAAAGGUUUAAAAAGAGGUCUGACGGCGAAAUACCCGAUUAGCAGGAUUCGAACCACAGCUCAUGACAUAUCUGCAGGUUUGCGAGACUACCAUUGCGGGCAUCUGGUUACAGGAGAGCUGCCUAAGCGUAUUGUAUUGGGCUUAGUAGAUAACACCGCUUUUGCUGGACGUUCGAGCCUGAACCCAUUUGACUUUAAACAUAAGCACGUGACUUCGGUGAAGGUGACGGUGAAUGGGCAUGAGGUGCACAAGAAAAGUUUGGAAGUGAAUUAUGAUGCAGAUUCUUCGAAAGUGAACGAAGUGUACAUGGACUUAUUUCGAAAUACUGGUGGGCUUUGGCGAAAUGGUGGGCCCCCUAUAAAUAGGAAACAGUUUAUGAACGGUUACACUCUGUACGUCAUAGAUUUUAGUGAUGAUCUCGGAGCUGACGAAGGCCACACCUACCCUAUAGAGAGCGGCAAGGUGGGAAUUGAAAUACAUUUUUCACAGCCGUUGCAGAACCCUGUGACACUGGUAUGCUACCAAGAAGGGAGCUGUGUAAUAGAGGUUGAUGCUUUCAGGAACGUUAGCAUUAGUUAA